CGUAAUUGUCGGAGCGAUAUUUUUAGAUAGAAGUUAUUUCGAAAGCGAAAACAUGGAUUUUUUAAAAGUGAAAUAUGAGGAAAGUGAAGAAAACGAUAACCCGGAGGAAACAGAAUUGUCCUCUUCUGAUUCUGAUGAUGAUAUAGAGGGGUUCCACUUUUGUUUGCGUAAUGAUCAAAUUACCCCUUUCAAACGAAAAAGACGUCCAUUAAAACGGGCAUUUGUGUAUAUGAAAAAUUAUUCAUUGGCGAAAGAAACUAUCACAGAAGAAGAAGAAUUAAGCAGUGAAUCCUCCGAUGACGACGUGAGUUUAACUAACACCAAUACUGACCUCACGUCAAAAUCAUCAUCGGAAUUAAAUAAAGAAUUAAAAGUACUGGAUCAAGAAACUAAUGCGAAGAAAGAAAGNAUGUUACUGCAACUACAGUCACUGACGCAAGCUACUACAUUAUACGAUAGUAAAUAA